GGGAAACUCUCUUCUAUGGCUUUUGUUUGACAUAUCGCUGUUGUUCAUUUUUGGAGCAAGAUAGCUCUGGCAGUUGUGACAUUGAUUUCAGGUUCUGCAGCAAUUGGGCAAAACAGUGAUGCUAUUAUUUGUGGGCACACACAACUUGAGGAAAAACAACUUCUUUAUCUAGACUUGCAGAAAGGGACAGCACCCCCAUGUUGAUGAUGGUUGGUGUACAUGAUUUGUUGAGUGGAGAAUCAUAAUAUCUGGCUUUGGUCCAAUUUCAUGUUUCAUAUUUACAGAACUUAAACAUCGAUUCUUGUUCCAAAUUAGAUUGGAAUUCUGAUAAAUUAUUAUUAUUAGUCAAGCUUAAUAUCUUAAGGUUUCAAAUAGUGUAAUGUAAUAACUAUCCAACAGCUGCAAAAAUUGUUCUUUUCCAUUUACCUUGGCUCACACUGCAAGUUGCUUAACAUAGUGAUCAAGAGAGAUAGCAAAAGAAUACAAUGUGUAUAGUGUGAUCUUUAUCCAUGGGAGAGAGCAUAAAGAAUAAUUUGAUGAAAUAGUGAUGGAAAAGACACGGCCAAGAUUUUCCUAGUGACUGCUGUAGUGGUUAUAAAUGCGGCUUUGUCAAAUUAAGGUGCCUGAUUUGCAAGGAAGGAGGAAUGGUCGGUGGAGGGGAUUGGUCACUGCACGUGAUCUGCACGCAGCUUUGUUCGAACUUUGCACUUUCCUAUGAAAUAAGAAUCCCUACCCUGCACCCCACAUGCCAUUACUUAGCUCCAAACCAAGUUCCAUAACAAUUGGACCAGAUGUAUCUAUUCCAUGAUUAUGAUUAUUGGGUCCAUUUUUAUUUUACUUUUGAAAUAGUUUAGCCAUGUAGAAUGUUCUUAUUUGGUCUCAAACUCGCAAUAGUGCAUUCGCUUGUUAUGAACAGAUAAUACCCUCUUGCAAGUUGCAAAGCCUAUAUGAAGAAAGGUGUUGCGAUUUUUAGCCACAGAGUCUGCGCGUGCUUGCACGCGUUACAGAUCACAGAAAAUUGUGGACCAGCUAUUUUACCCGUGGGAAAGAAUAAGCAAAUAAAUAAAUAAAUAAAAAGAGUAUAAAGUAUAAUAUAUGUAUGUUCAUUUAAGAAAUGUAGUGAGGGUCUGUGAACUGUGAUUUAAUAUAAGUUGUGUUUGAGAAUUGGUUUUUUCCAAUUAUUUUUUUCGUUUUCUGGGGAAGAUGGAUGUGGUUGCUUUUCAAUCCUAUAGCGUUCUUGGCUUCUCUUUCUCCACGAGUUUCUCUUUGAGCAAGCACUGCUAUUUAGCUGAGGUUCAAGUUCAACAUUCACCCAUUGCGUUCAAAAUGGCUGUCUCUCCAUUUACCAAUUCAAAAAUUAUCAGAUCUAAGGGAGACACCAAGGGAAUUCAAACAAGUAGGAGAACUGAAGACAAGAGAUCUAAAUCAUUCAAGGCUGAGAAAACAGAGUCACCUCACCAUGAAGAGAUAAUGGAUCUACUCAAAAAGAUACGGAUUUCAAUAUCAAAGGAUAAAUCACAAUACAAGGAUAAGCCCUCAGCUGAAUAUAAUCGAGAUAUUCUUGGUGAACCAAAGAAACAAGUGAAAGCAGGUAAUAUCUCAAACAAGUCAAAACAGAGGGAUUUGUCGGAGAAAAUAUCCGCGCCAAGAAAUGAGGAAGGAGCAGAGGGGAACCCACAUGUAUUAGGGUUUAAGUUGACCAGGCUACCUUCAAACUUUGCAAAGAAAUCCCCUAUUCCAUCUCUAUCAACCCCAAGAAGCAACACUAUUGGGCAACCUAACUAUGGAUCAUCAAACAUUUCGUUGGAAACAAAGGUUCAACCAGAGCAAGAAACCCUGGAAGAAAUGAAACUUGCCCAGUUGAAAGAACUGGCCAAGUCAAGAGGAAUAAAAGGUUACUCUAAGCUUAAGAAGAGCGAACUUAUCAAAGUACUUGGAUCCUAGACUAGACCUAAUCCUAGUUUUCCUUGUGAUGACUCUAACUACCAUCAGAUUGUACAAAUGUAUGGAACUACGGAUUAUAUGAAACUCAGAUUUCAUAGAAUUUAUGCAAAUCAACAUGGUAUGCUGAAUCGCCAGAAAUCAUAGAACGGUUCAAACACAAUGCUUUUGUAGCUAUAACAGGCGUUAAUAGACAUAAACAACAAACACAUGCAAUACCCAACAUUAACAAUAUCAAGUUACGUCCCUUCAGGAAAUGACACCCGAAAUUAAAUAAAAACAAUACCGGCAUUGUAUUGAACUCAAAAUGAAACAAAUAUCUUGCUUCGUAAAAAUGGGAAAAAUCCCAUCAAAACUUGAAGAAAACCAAAUAAAAUAGUUGCAUGUUGCUGACUACCAGUCCAAAAAAAAAAAA